GAAGCUCCUGAGCCGCCAUUUCAUGUGCGAGCAGCUGAGAGAACGGGGUGAGUUGGGCAUACAAAUCAGCAAAACAAAAACAAAUUUAGUCUACAAUAACGAUUUUUAAUCUUCGUCUGGCUAUCUCAUUUUUGGGGAGCAAAGAUGAGCUACGGAAGGCCUCCGCCCGAUGUCGAGGGUAUGUCCUCGCUCAAAGUGGACAAUCUCACGUACCGGACUUCGCCUGAGACCCUACGCCGAGUUUUCGAGAAGUAUGGCCGGGUGGGAGACGUGUACAUCCCCCGCGAUCGGUACACCAAGGAGAGCCGCGGUUUCGCCUUUGUGCGGUUCCARGAUAAGCGCGACGCUGAAGACGCGAUGGACGCCAUGGACGGGGCCUUGCUCGAUGGGCGGGAACUGCGAGUGCAGAUGGCGCGAUAUGGCCGUCCACCAGACUCCCACUUCGGGCGCCGAGGCGGCAGUGGACCCCCAAGGAGGCAUGGAGGCUACGGGCGCAGGAGUCGUUCGGCCAGCCCCCGCCGGCGAAGACACAGUCGWUCCCGAAGCAGGAACCGCAGUCGUGGCCGUGACUACAGCCGCUCACGGUCUCGUUCCUACUCUAGGUCCCGUUCCAAGUCCCGCACACCCCGCAAGAGCAAGUCCCCAUCAAGGUCCCGCAGCCGCACCCCGCCUUCUAACAGAGGCUCACGGUCGAGGUCCAAGAGCAUGCCCAAAUCCCCCGAUGACAACGGAACCGAGUCUUAGUAACAACAGUUCCAACCCAGACCCAGUAAGACGGUACACAGGGCAUGGGAGAAUGGGGGUGACCAUCAGACAGCCUCAUAUGUUUGAGUCAUAGAGAUAGUUAUAGGAUGCCGCAUUGCAUCUGUCCUGUUAUGGUGUCUGUGAGAGCAUGUGCAGUGCCAUUGAGGCCAUCUCCAUAKAUUUUUAUUCUACUAUGAGUUAGUAAACAAACUGAACGGUUGGUGAUUUACUGCCACCUGCKGUUAUGGAAUGUUUGCUCACUAGUAUAAUUAAUUUGCUGUUGACCUGGAUGCAAUUAUGUGAUCCUUAAACCAUUAAAAAGUCKCAACCGGUUGACUACAAAGUGAUACAAUUCRUCAAUGGUGUUGCCCAUGCUAAAACUGGCUUCUGGGCACCAGUCUGUCUAUGGUUUGAGUAUAGUUUGCUGAAUGUAGGGCACAUAAUUACGUAAGGAACAAUUAUAGGAACUCUAUGGUAGGACACUACAGGACAGGUUAAAUUCAAAUGCAGUUGGACAGUGUUCUGCAACCUUAAUAGUCCUUUGAAUAUUAGUGUUUAGUCACCAGAGUUGCAGUGUACCAGUCAAUACUGCAGAAUCCUGACCCUGGCAUUUUACUUGGUGUUGUAGAGGAAACUGGAAAUGUAAGUAGUGUACAAAACAAACGUUAAGUUGUGUGUAGAACGUGCAAGCUACACAAAGUAAAGUCAGGAAAUAGAGAUGGAUAUCUGCAGUGCACACUGAAUGUGCCCACAGAUCUAAUCAACAGUGUGUGGGUGUCUGCCAAUGUUUUAACCACAACCAAACUGUCACAUCAGCUAACAUUGGUUUGGGGUGGAUGUUAUCUGCAGGUCAGGGGUAUAGUUGGCCAAAAUUGUUUACAACAUUUAUAAAAUGUGCCAGGGCUUAUAUAUAUUUUUUUUUUUGAGAUUGAGUAUAUUUAUUGCGGGGUGCUAAAAUCAAACAUUCGUUUACCUAAAUGUGGAAUUCURUCCUCCAAGCUGCGGUGUCCUGUUGUCAAACCGAGAGGAUGUGGGGGUGUGGCAGAUGGCAGUGUAAGAGCAGUUAGUGUGUUGUGACGCGACCUGCCUGAGGCUGUUGGUGGGGGGCGAUGGCGGUUGCUAUGGAGCAGGGCGGUGCGGUGGUCCGUGCUGUCAGUUGGUGAGGUACUGUAUGUUCACAGGACCACAGACAGAAUGCUGCUMGCUGUACCGCUGUGUGUCUGGUCUCACUGGUGCAGGAGGGAGGACCCCAAGGUUUGUUGUCCAAUAAAUGCCUGAGUAAAAAUAAGAACAAAUUGAGUGGUAGCUGUGGGUGGGGGGCCCUUGUAGUGUGAAGACAUCCUGCGUUGUUAGGAACUCUGUUCUAUGCCAGUAACGUGGACAACUGACGAGCCCUCAAUGGAAUGGUUAAGGGGUGUUUUCUGAUUUUAGAUUGAGAACAGUUGGUUGUGUCAAACUAGCAACCUACCCMUUGACCUCCACCAAUGCAGCUUGUCUUGUUUUCUUUCCAGGUGUCAGACGAUUGAGACUUCUUCUCUGUGGACGUUGACCAGAGCUUAAGUCUGCCAGUGGACACCUCUCUACGCCUAACAGAAUACUGACCAAAAGGUUGUGACUUGGUCUAAAAUGUUUUGGUUUCAGUUGCCCAGAAAUAGACUGUACUAUAUAUUUACCAAUGCGUGUAAUGCCGUUGACUAGAGUGAAGGACAUGUUUUCAGGUGAACUGUAUUUUGUCUCAUUGUUAGUGCAGGCUUGUUGUAUUUUAAAUCAAAUUAAUCUUUUAUGAAGUAGCCCCCCCUUUUAUUUAUUGAAGCCCUUAUUUAGUAGUCUAAUUCUCUACAGAAGGAUUCCCGUAUUGAGUUACUGAUGUUCUUCUUUUGGAGAGUUGAAUUUAGCAGAGUUACCCUAAAGAAAAUGUUUUCUGWUAUUUUCUAAGCAAAACCAGCAACAUGUAGAGGGAAACCAUAUAAGCCAAGAUUGUAUCAAAAAUAUUUAACAUUUUAUGUAAUUCGCUAACCUAACUAGGAGUGCAGAUAUUGUUUUUUUUAUMUAUGUAUGUACACUGAGUACACAACAUUAGGAACACCUUCCUUAUAUUGAGUUGCACCUCCCRCUUUGCCCUCAGAACAGCCUCAUUUCGUGGGUGAA